CCCAGCACCUGAACUGCUUCUCCUUUCUUCACUGCUCUUUUGUUUCCAGGGGUUUCGGGACUGUUUACAAAGCCACGGACCCAGCCACAGGAGAAGUGGUGGCCCUAAAGAAGAUGCCUCUCCGCAGACGGAGCAGGAAGGAACUCCUUGUCAACGAGAUUCAGAUCAUGAAGGAAAACAGGCAUCCUAAUAUUGUCAAUUACAUAGACAGCUACCUGGUGAAUGAAGACCUGUGGCUUGUGAUGGAAUAUGUGGAUGGAGGCACUUUAACCAGCGUUCUUGUCCGAGUCUUAAUGGAGGAAGGAAUGAUAGCUGCUAUCAGCAAGGAGUGCCUCAAAGCUCUGGAUUUUCUUCAUUCAAAUAAUGUGAUCCACAGAGAUGUCAAAAGCGACAAUAUUCUUCUUGGGAUGGACGGAUCUGUGAAACUGACUGAUUUUGGCCUGUGUGCUCAGCUGAGCGCGGAGCGGAGCACACGGUGCACAAUGCUUGGCUCUCCUUACUGGGUAGCACCAGAAAUCGUGAAAAGAAAGGAAUAUGACACCCAAGUGGACAUCUGGGCCCUUGGGAUUGUGGCCAUUGAAAUGCUGGAGGGAGAACCUCCAUACUUUAAAGAAAGCCCCAUCCAGGCUCAGCGCCUGAUUGCCCGGAACAGGUACCCCCCUCUGAGGAUGCCCAGCAAGAUGUCAAUUCUGUUCCACGCCUUCCUGCACUCCUGCCUGGACACCAACCCCAGCAUCCGCUGGACAGCCAGGGAGCUCCUGCAGCAUCCAUUUUUACGAACAGCCGUGAGUCUCUCUGUCCUGCCUGACUUGAUCUGUGUAGCCAGGAAAGUCUGUCAGACCACAGAAACAGCUCAGGACAGCAGUGCCAACACAGAGCAAAAGAAGGAAUAAAAUUUUCACUCCUUUGUGAGAUUUGCUCCCUUCUCACCCAAUUAUUCCAUUCACUUCUGAAUUAUUGGUUGCUUCUCAAAGAUGCAAAGUCCCAAUUAUGGGGGUUUUGGAAUGGUUUGGAAAUGGGGAAGGGUUUCCUUCA